AUGCUGCUGGGCCCCUGGCUGGUGGCGGCGGCGGCGGCGGUGGCGGCGGCGGCCGGCGCGGGCUGCCCGGUGCUGUGCAGCUGCCGCGGGCAGGCGGUGGACUGCAGCGGGCAGCGGCUCUUCUCCGUGCCCCCCGAGCUGCCGCUGGACACCGGGAACCUGAGCCUGGCGCACAACCGCAUCUCCAGCAUCCCGCCGGGCUACCUGGGCUGCUACGGGCAGCUGCGCGCCCUCGACCUGCGCAACAACUCGCUGGCGGCGCUGCCGGCGGGGCUGUUCCGCGGCGCCCGGCGCCUGGCGCACCUGGACCUCAGCUACAACAACUUCAGCCUGGUGCCCGCCGACAUGUUCCGCGAGGCCAGCGGGCUCCUGCGCCUCGACCUCAGCCACAACCCGGGGCUGCGCCGCGUCCACCCCCAGGCCUUCCGCGGGCUGGCCCAGCUGCGCGAGCUGGACCUGAGCUACGGCGGGCUGGCGGCCAUCAGCCUCGACGCCCUCGAGGGGCUGCCCGGGCUGGUGGGGCUGCGCCUGGGGGGCAACCCCUGGCUCUGCGGCUGCGCCAUGGAGCCCCUCCUCAAGUGGCUGCGGGGCCGCAUCCAGCGCUGCGCCUCGGAUUCGCAGCAGGCCGAGUGCUGGGCCCCCCCUGAGGUGGCGGGGGCCCCCCUGCUCUCGCUGACGGAGGAGAGUUUCCAGGCCUGCCACCUCACGCUGACGCUGGACGACUAUCUCUUCAUCGCCUUCGUCGGCUUCGUCGUCUCCAUCGCCUCGGUGGCCACCAACUUCCUGCUGGGCAUCACGGCCAACUGCUGCCACCGCUGGAGCAAGGCCAGCGAGGACGAGGAUGUCUAG